CCGCGGGUCCGAUUCAGAAAACCCUGCAGAAUGUACACGAGUCACGAAGACAUCGGGCGCGACUUUGAAGAUGACCGCAAGGACAAGAAGGCGCUGAAAGCCCCCCACCCCGAUGUGGACGGCGGCUGGGCCUGGAUGGUGGUGCUCGCCUCCUUCCUCGUGCACAUCCUGGUCAUGGGCUCCCAGAUGGCGCUGGGCGUCCUCAACAGGGAGUGGCUGGAGGAGUUCCACCAGAGCCGCGGCCUCACGGCCUGGGUGAGCUCCCUCAGCAUGGGCAUCACCCUCAUUGUGGGACCUUUCAUCGGCUUGUUCAUCAGCACCUGCGGCUGCCGCUGCACAGCCAUCGUCGGGGGCCUGGUGCACGCCCUGGGAUGGGUGCUGAGCGCCUCCGCGGCCAGCGUGCAUUAUCUCUUUGUGACCUUCGGAGUGGCAGCGGGCCUGGGCAGCGGCAUGGUCUACCUGCCCGCUGUGGUCAUGGUGGGCCGCUACUUCCAGAAGCGCCGAGCCCUGGCCCAGGGCCUCAGCACCACCGGGACGGGCUUUGGGACCUUCCUGAUGACGGUUCUGCUGAAGCACCUGUGCGCCGAGUACGGCUGGCGCAAUGCCAUGUUCAUCCAGGGGGCCGUCUCCCUCAACCUGUGCGUCUGCGGGGCGCUCAUGAGGCCGCUGGCGGCUGGCAGACAGGGAGACGCUCCCGGAGGCAGAGAGGCGCCGGGGGUCCCAGCCGUGUCCCCAGAAUCGGUCCCCACCCUCCGUGGGCCUCGGGCAGGAGCAGCUGAGGAGGAGGACGGGGUGGAGGAGGCCCCCGCGGGCCAGGAGCCGGCCGGGCCCCGAGAGGACAGCUGGGCCUUGCGGGCACUGAAGAGCCUGGGCCAGCUGCCCCUGCGGGUGCGGGGGGGCUUCCGGGACUGGCACGCGGGCUACUUCGGCACCGCCUCGCUCUUCACCAACCGCGUGUUCGUGGCCUUCGUCCUCUGGGCGCUGUUCGCCUACUGCAGCUUCGUCAUCCCCUUCAUCCACCUGCCCGAGAUCGUCAACCUGUACCAGCUGUCGGAGCAGAACGACGCCUUCCCGCUGACGUCCAUCAUCGCCAUCGUCCACAUCUUCGGCAAGGUCCUGCUGGGCCUGGUGGCCGACCUGCCGUCCAUCAGCGCCUGGAACGUCUUCCUGCUGGCCAACCUCACCCUGGCGCUCAGCAUCUUCCUGCUGCCGCUCAUGCACACCUACGCCGGCCUGGCCGUCGUCUGCGCGCUCAUCGGCUUCUCCAGCGGCUACUUCUCCCUCAUGCCCGUGGUCACCGAGGACUUGGUGGGCGCCCAGCACCUGGCCAACGCCUACGGCAUCAUCAUCUGCGCCAACGGCAUCUCGGCCUUGCUGGGGCCGCCCUUCGCAGGGUGGAUCUAUGACAUCACACAGAAGUACGACUUCUCCUUCUACAUAUGUGGCUUACUGUACCUGAUAGGAAUACUCUUCUUACUCAUUCAGCCGUGCAUUCAAAUUGUCCGACAAUCCAGAAAAAAGUACACAGAUGGUGUCCGUGUCUAGCGCAGCGUUCCACGUGAGCAUUCUCUGUGUUCACACCUACCUCGUGUGGCUGCUGAGGGCGGAGCUAGGACCCAUCCUAUGAAAGCAGCUCUGAGUGGUCAUGUGUUAGUACCAUGGUGUCUGCAUGACUGGGAAGCGUUGCCGUCUCUCCGUUUAGGGAGAAGCCAUGUUGUGAAGGUACUUAGGACCACAUGUAGGUCUUAGAGAUGACGCGGUCCUUCCAAGACAGCAUGUGACAUCACUUACUGGAACUGUUCUCUCCCGUCACCCACCAGAGCUCAGGUUCUAGAUACAGCCUGUGUAUCCAAGAUUUUUUCAAACCGAGAUUUUUUUCAUUCCAACUCCUUCUACGGAAGGGGAAAAUCAAGUAUCCAAGUAUCGCAGUGCUUCUGGAAAGCUUACCAGAUCAAUAGGUCUUAAGCCCAAAAAAUGUGGCUGGGUUUCAGAAAUGAAUUGUCAUGGGCAGAAACGAAUUGAUCUACCCAUGUAAAACAAAGGCAGGCUCUCAUUUCAAAGGCCAUGCCCCCUGCCCUAUGAAAGAUGCGCUUUCUAGUUUUAUGAUAGAAUUCUGUAGUGAGGGAACACAGUUUCUUAAUCUUCCUGGGUGGGAGGGGAGCAGAGAAAUGUUGGGGAUAAAAAAGAAUCCUAAUUCAGUAUCAAUCAGUGAGAAAGUGACUCGAGAUGAAACUUUACCAAGUAGAUAGUUGCUGGGGACCUUCCUCAUGCAAGGCCUGUCCUUACCAUUGCCGUUGAGUCAAGGGCUAUGAUUCCAACCUGUCAUCAGCCUCUUCAUUUGGGACCAUGGUCCAUGGCCCGUCACCAUUCUGUUGGUUUGAAAACAAUGUUGGUGGUUAGAAUACUUGUGGCGCAUGAUACUGACCUCGCCGGUCAGAUGACGGGAGAGGGAGGGUAGGAAUCUCGUAGCUUUGGUCUUGGUGCCCCUGUGCCUGGCAUUGGGGACUGCUGGUCACCAAACUGUCCUCGGCCUGCGAGUGGCCUGCUGUGCUAAGGAGCACUGACUGCAUUCAGACAGAAGCUUCCUGACCCACGACACCCCAUCAAAUCCCCUUCCAUUAUCUGCACCUUCUAUUUUUCUAAGUCAUUUUUUUUCCAGACUGCAGACUGUCCUUCCCAGAAUCCCCUCUGCCUUUUAAAAAACAUCUCUGGCUGCCUUACUGGUUUGCACAGAUUUUUGAAUCCCUUCAAGUUUCUACUCAGUGUUGCUCAUCACAUAGAAAAUCCUUUCACAGCGUCUGUGGUCAAAUGUACCCCAAGUGGAAACAGGUCAUUCUUCACCAUCCUGGGGAAAUUUGCAGUGUCCUAGUCACUAGAGUCACAGAGGAGGGCGCCCCCCCCCCAGAUCUCACUGCAGAUGGUUUCACCCGCCCCCCCACCAACCUGGGAUACCAUCAAACCAUUUCCUCGCUGUUCAUGAUGGAUAGUAUCGACACGUCUCCCUUUGUUUCAGCUCCAUUAUGUCCCGAUCGUGUCGGGCAGGGCACCACGGAUGUAACAAUAAUAAUAAAAGGCAGCUAAUGACAAGGAGAAGUGAAAGUGUGGCUAAUAGGCACACUCAAUAUUACCGCCAAUGAUUCAAGGAUGGCUUGUAAAUUGUAAUCGAGACUAAAUUGCAUGUUAUACUCCAUUUGGUCCAACACGCUAACCUAUUUGCUAUCAUUACAGUUUGGGCUGUUAAGGAACCCUGCUCUCUUGAUAAAAGCAAUCUUAAAGCUGAGGCAAGGCGUGCUCUCUCUCUCUCUCUCUCUCUCUCUCUCUCUCUCUCUCUCUCUCUCUCUCUCUCUCUCCCCCCUAUAUAGCCUUCCCAUAAAAUCAGAAUUAGAUUGAAAACCACGUCAAGUGCUUUAAAACUACUUCUUGCAUCUCUCGUGUUCAAGCCAGAAUUAACAAGAGGCAGGUUUAAAUAUUUUGAAUGGUGCUAUUGCUGAUGCAUUUUGAUAAGAGCUCAUCACGUUUCUGAUGGUGCAUCACAAAUGUGAGUGUGUGUGUGUAUGUGUGUGUGUGUGUGUGUGGUAGUAGGAAUUGAACCCAACUCUCAUGCAUACAAGCAGGAAAGCACUUUACAUUGAGCCACAUUCCUAGCCCAAAUAUAAAUUUUAUCCAGGGAUCCAGCUCUCUUUCUCCUGACAUACACUUACCCACUCACGCUGUUUGUGCAGUUUGAUUUAUUUACUGUAGAAGUUGACAGAAAGUCAAAACCUGCUUACACUCUCCACGUGGACAACAGAAUGCCAGAGAACUCUACCAAUACGAGAGCCAACAUGUGAAGUUUCCUGUUAAAAAUAUAAUCUUUACAGUUCUUUCAAGGUAUACUGUAAAAGGUUCAUUGUCUAAGAUCAUGGUUUCAUGGUUUUCCCCCUCAUAUAUCAAAGUUAUUUUAAAUUUACAUACGACUAAAUAAAUGUUGUCCUAUUUGAAGAUGGUUUUUGUAGAACAUCUCUCUUUUCUUGGAAAAAAAAACUCGUAAAACAAAGCUGAUGAUUAGCCAACGCUAAGUCCAGCACACGCAUUUUAACCUAGCAAUUAUAUCUCUAAAAUGUUUUACUGCUUAUGAAUAAAGAUGUGGACAAGGAUGUUUGAUGUCCUGGUUGUUGCAUGAAAAGUUGGACAUCAUUUUAAUGCUCAUCCUUUGGGAAUAAUUAAAUCGGGAAGAACAUUAUAUUGCAAUUUAUGUAACUCUUUGCUAAAAAGAUUCCAGGGAAAACUAGAACACUGUUUCCAAGAUCAGUUUCUAAGAGGGAAAAAAAAAAAAGCUAGAGAAAAAAAAAUGACAGCUUAAUGUUCUGAUUAUUAUGCUAUUGCGAACAACCCAUGAGCUCACUUAUUUAUACAGCUUGUCUGCGUGUCGGGCAUUUUUGAAAGGAAAUAAGAAAACGGCCUCAGGAGAGGAAACGCUGGGGCAUCUGGCUUCUUCCCUGCGCCCGUGACACUGUUUCGAUCUAAGACUUCUAUCCAGAAUGAUCUUCAAGGCAGGCUCCGGAGUCUCCUGCAUUCAAACCGUGGGGGAGAAGAGCGACUGCCUUUGAGAGAAGCCUGUCUGACAGCUGAUUUUCUGAUGCGCUGAAACCGGAGACCCGCUCUCAACAAAACUGAGAGUCAAACCUUCCAGUCCAGUUCCAAUACUAGUCCUGACUCACGGGCCCAUUUCCUUUGGUGACAUCCCGGCUGAUAGCUAUCUGGAGAGGACCUGUGGUGUGUAGCAACUUCUCCUGCUAAGUUGUUCUGCUCACAGGGUCCUUUUCCAACCAAGGGAUGCCAUCCCGGCGUCCGUCGAAACUGUCCUCAGAGGGGAUGCAGGAGGGAGCCACAAGAGCAGAGGAGCCCCGAGUCCAGAGCGAACUGUGACUUGAAACAGCCUCGCUCAAACGGUGAGGGCAUGAAAGCGACACAUCCCCGCAGAUCCCCUCAAACAAUUGAACGGCCACUGCUGGGGUAUGACGGCUCGUCACAUGGAAAACCCAGGCAAGCACGAGGUCUUUGCUUCUCCAGGGCUUGGUUCUCAAACCCCUUUCACAUUCCUCAAAGCCAACAAAGACCCAAAGAGCUUCUGUUUUAAUGGGCUCUACCUAAAUGCCCCCACCAACUGGAAAGCAAAAGAGAAAUUUUAGAAACACGUAUGGACUUUUCUCAAGAAAACAAGAAUGAGCUCCAGAUAGUAGAAAGAACACGCUUUUGUAGAAGUAACCAUAUGCACCCACAACCCCCCAAAAGAAAAUGUUACUGGCCCUGUUUGAUAUUCUUGUGAAUUUAUGAUCUGGCCUAAUUCACAGCUGGAUUCUUGAACUUGCUUCUGCAUUCAGCCUUUCGUGAUAAAUGGUUCUGGCUGGCCUGGAUGAAGAAAGUUCAGCCUGAAACUGUACAUCAAGGAACGGGGAGGAGAACUUUGAAUAGGCUUUACAGAUAAUUGUGGGUUUUUGUAAUACCGCAUCUCGACAAAUGCUAUUUCCUAGAAAUCUGACACCAUAUCAAUAAACUUUUCGUAAAAUGUUACAUUAAAAAUCAGCAGUCUGCCUUGUAUUUUGACACUCUUGUCUAUUUGUGAUUUUAUAACACUGUUUCUGUCAUUUGGAAAAUAUUGGUUCAGUGUGUUUUUCUAGAUGUGCCAGAUAUUUUCUAGUUACACGGACCUUUUGGUUGUUGCGUGAUACCAUUUGUGUGAAAUGCCCAUAACUGGUAGAUUUCCAGGUAGCUAGAAAGUUAUGUUAUUCAUUGCCCAGUUCAGAGAGAAGGGAAGCU